AUGAUCGGUGCCCGAGUCAUAAAAUCAGGGUUUCGUACGCCAAAGUUGGCCCAUCGUCUUUUUGCGACGUCGUUACGUCAGUAUGCUGAAAAAUCGGUUCCAUUCCAAAACCAAAAAAGUCCAAAUGAAGGUUCCAAUCCUCAAAUGGCAUUCCCGUGUCUUGAUAGACUCGAAAAAAAGACAGAGGAGUUGUCCAGCGGGCAAAGUUGUGGUCCGGAUUCGGGAAUAAGCUCGCUUGAAGGUGGACCGGAACCAUCUUAUGGCCAAGUGCAAACCGGAUUUGACGUUUACAAGUCUACAGAACCGAUCUAUUUUGACCACGGCGGCUACUUGCCGGAGUACACAAUAGCAUACGAAACAUGGGGAACGCUCAAUGCUACAAAGUCCAAUUUGGUACUUAUUCAUACUGGAUUAUCAGCUUCUUCUCAUGCCAAGUCUCAACCGAAAAAUACAAAGCCUGGGUGGUGGGAAAACGUUAUUGGUCCAGGACUCUACUUGGACACUGACAAGUACUUUGUAGUGUGUACAAAUGUUCUUGGAGGUUGUUAUGGGUCAACUGGACCAUCUUCUAAAGACCCAGCAAAUAACGAUUAUUACGGAACAAGGUUUCCUAUAAUCACGGUAAACGAUAUGGUGAGAGCCCAGCGAGAACUCAUACGCAAUGUUUUCGGCGUGAGCAAGGUUCAUGCUUCAGUUGGAGCUUCAAUGGGAGGAAUGCAGUCGUUAGCCUAUGCUUGGGAGUUUCCCGAUGAGGUGGAAAAAGUGGUGCUGAUUAGUGGAUGUGCCAGGUCCCAUCCAUACCUGAUUGCGCUUCGUCACACACAGAGGCAGGUACUCAUGAGUGAUCCCAACUGGAAUCGUGGGUUUUAUUACAACAAAAUUCCUCCACAUAUCGGUAUGAAGUUGGCGCGAGAAAUCGCUACUGUCACCUAUCGUCUGGGCCCCGAAUGGGAAUACAGAUUUGGUCGCAACCGGGCAGACGACUCAAAACCGCCAGCGUUGUGUCCUGACUUCCUGGUGGAGACUUAUCUUGAUCAUGCUGGUGAAAAAUUCUGCCUUGAAUAUGAUGCAAAUUCGCUUCUUUAUGUUAGUAAAGCCAUGGAUUUGUUCGACUUGAGCCUUUCAAACCGAGAAAGAGCAUCCAAGAACAGACAACUGACGUUGCAAAAUGGAGGGCAAUCACCAACUCCGGUUCCUGAAAAACCAUACUCCGAAAAAAAAUCUUCCUCUGUCAUUUCACCAGAAGAAGCACUUGACGAUUUGCGCCAAGGACUCAAGAAGAUUGCCCACAAAGAUAUUCUCGUCAUUGGCGUGGAAUCUGAUAUUCUCUUCCCCGUGUGGCAACAGAGAGAAAUUGUCAGUGUGCUCAAAGACGCUGGAGCCACUGGAGACAUUCGCUACUUUGAACUUGGCACCGAUAUAAGCAACUACGGACACGAUACGUUUUUGUUGAGUCUUGAGCAUAUUGGGCCGCCCAUGAAGCUGUUUUUGGGAUGA